UGUCAGUAACAGGUUUCCUGUGUGUUUAUAGGUCGGCCUGCGCAGUGGGCGGAGCCUCUGGAUGCACUCUGACCCCGUAUCCCGCAAGAACGAAAGUGUGAAUGCUGAGGUGUUGGAUCUGAUGAGGAAAAUGCAGUCUGCUGCUGCUGGUCUGAAUGUCUCGUUGGGUCAUCCGUUGUUCACGCAGCCGCUGCCGCCCUCGUCUCUCCAGCGGUUCCUGCGAGCUAGACCGAUCCCUGGCCUCGUGCUGGCAGACCAUCAGACAUUGUUCAACAACAGAUACUACGAGAGCAUGUACGAUGACGCAGAGAACCUGAACGUCACGUAUCCGCCCGACCUGAGUCCAGACGAGCAGCUGGUGUACGAGACGGACGCGGCCAAGUCUCUGGCAGAAGUGGCCACACUCGUCGCUCGCUCACUUUACUUACAGGCAGGAGGAGAGGAUAAGAGCCUGAGCAACAUCACCGCUGACCCCAAGAUCGUCGCUCAGUUGCUGUAUGGUUUUCUAAUUCAGAAGAAUAACAGCUGGUUUCGGUCGCUGCUGCCUCCUGAAGUCACUAAGAAAGGAGACAACAGCAUUCUGAGUUCUGGUCCUCCUCAGUUCUACAUCGGACUCAGUCCUCGCAUCCACGGCCCAGUUCACAGUGUCACGCGCUUCGUUCAGUACAUUCUGGCUAAUCUGACGGGAACCGUCACCAACCUCACGGAGAGCCAGUGCCAGAAUCCCAGCGAGAUCAACACCGAGAACAAAGACUUGUUCUCGUAUUUCUGGGUGUCGGGUCCGGCGUCGCUCAACAGCACCGGAGAGCCGUUCUGCGUCCGAGCGUCCGUGCGUCUCUCCAAAGCCGUCUCUCCUGCCUUCGAGCUUCUGGAGUACGGCUCUCCAAAUUAUUCCACAUGGACCGAGUCCCGCUGGAAGAGCAUCCGGGCGCGCAUCUUUCUGGUGGCCAGCAGAGAACUGGAGAUGUUAACUCUGGGAGUGGGCGUGGCCGUGCUGCUGCUGUCUCUAUUGGUGACGUACUUCAUCAGCUCGAAGGCGGAGCUUCUGUUUAGCUCCGCCCGUGAAACGCCCACAGCGGCCUACUGAACAAAACCAGAGCCCAGAAUCUCCAGCCGCUCAUUCAUUCAUUCAUUUCCCUUCAGCACACAAACACACUUCAGUUCACGAGUAAUUUAUUAAAACCUGACGGGAUUAUUGUUGGUUUUGCUGCACUGGUUUUAGCUGGGCUGGUCUGAACUGGUCUGGACUCUUCUGGAAAGUUGUUCAUAUUUUUUUGUCUUUUUUUUUAUAUGUAUAAUUCCAGAUGUUUUUUCUGAUCAUGACAUGGAGGGGCACAAAACUAAAAGCUGAUUUUAAGUGUUUAAAGAUGAGAAUAAGUGAGUGUGUGUGUGUGUGUGUGUGUGUGUGUGUGUGUGCGUAAGUGAAUGUGUGUG